AUGCCCAUAGAGCCACUGGAAACCCCCAUGGCCACACGGGAACAGAGUCAAGGUACAGAACCCGUUUUAAUAAAUGACAAUUACCUUUCAUUAACGACAAGCUACGAUAACGAUUUAGGCCAUAAAGUAUCAAAUAAAUUAAAACUGAAAAUUGUUAAUGGCGAGUACAUCAAUUUGGGCUUGUUGGUUGAAAAUUCACAUGGGGUCGAUCCAAACGAUGAGACCAGAUAUUUUUCCAUGAAAGAGGGUAGCCUCACCCUGGCCCCAAAAACUAAAGCAAAGGUAAUUAAUGACAUACAAGUAUGGACAGAUGCUUUUCUUAUUUACGCAUCAAUAUAUACCUCAGCCCAUCCCGAGAGCAGAGCUCAGUUAUUCAAAUAUAUUCAUACUAUUAGGUUAGGGGCAAACAGAGUUAAGACUCUCGGAUGGCGCGAUUACGACAUCCAGUUCAGACUGAAGAAGGAGGCAAACCCAUCUCUCUCAUUUGCUGUUGUCGAUCAGGAGCUUUGGCUCUUGUAUAUGUACAGUGCCCCUAGCACCCAGACUUCCUCACCUCAAGCCCCCCUUCUUAAGUGUUAUGAAUUCAAUUACAAGGGCAUAUGUAAUAAAAUCGCAUGUCAAUACAAACACGAAUGUAUGAUAUGUUCACAAAACCAUCCCUACAUUAAACACAAGACAUCAUCACGUUCUAGUUUGAAUUUUAGGUCAACUGGUCUGCAAACAACAUGGCGGCCUCAGCUACCCAGGAGACCCACGGCAUCAAGUUCAGCUAUUAGAGCACCUUAUACCCAAUCAGUUAGACCUCAGUAACAUUGCAGCAAGCCCUAUU